GUUUUUCAAAAGACAUUUUCUUUUUGGGAAAAUGCGUUCGGAAAUGCGAUUUCCAAUGCCCGAACUUCGGAAUCGUUCCUGAAUAGGUUUAGUAUAGUUUAGAUCAAUUCAACACGUAGACGCGCCUUUCCUGAUAGUAAAGGAUAUACAGAUUAACGUCAAUGAUGGAUGGAUGGGGUAACCGCGUCUGGGUCCGGCCAAUGGCGAAGUGUUCCAUCGCUUCUCCCCAGUUUCAAUUUUACGAAGGACAUCCUUUAUACCCCUCGAUAAUUGGUACGAGGAUGACUACGAAGACUCACACGUUAUCGAUUAAUUUGGUUUAAUACACAUUUUAAUAACGCAACAAACCUACACUACUAACAAAAAUUAAAAAAUAUAUUAAAAAUAAAUAUAUUUGAUUUGUACUCGUCGUGAUUAAUUUUUAUCAAAAUUAAGCGAACUCAACGGACUAAAAUGGCUGAUAACGAUGAAGAGGUUGAAGACUGCCUAAGAAACACAGUUAACUUAAAUAGGCACUUCGAAGAAUGUAUCGAAUUACCAACUACCACCAGCAUAUCCGUGCUGGCAAAUCAAGUCCAACCAAAAACCACUGCAAUUCCGGAACGAGGCACGUGGGGUAGCAAAUUAGAUUUUAUCUUGUCGGUGGUCGGGCUUGCUAUCGGCUUAGGAAACGUAUGGAGAUUUCCUUACUUAUGCUACAAGAAUGGGGGUGGUGCAUUUUUGGUGCCUUAUUUUAUCACUUUGUUCUUAGCUGGUAUACCAAUGUUCUUCUUAGAGUUAGCUUUAGGACAAAUGAUGACCAUAGGCGGAUUGGGGGUUUUUAAAAUUGCACCUAUAUUCAAAGGAAUUGGUUAUGCCGCUGCUGUUAUGUCAUGUUGGAUGAAUAUAUAUUACAUUGUUAUUCUUGCUUGGGCGAUUUUUUACUUUUUCAUGUCACUGCGAUCGGAUGUCCCAUGGAGAACUUGUAAUAAUUAUUGGAACACAGAAUAUUGUAUAAACCCGUACGAUCGGGGAUCAUUACACUGUUGGGAUCAUUACAACGAGAAUAACACAAUAGUAAAAAUGUGUUCGUUAAAUCAAUACACAAAUCUAACAAUUUCUCAAUUAACCGACCCGGUCAAAGAAUUUUGGGAGCGAAGAGCUUUAAUGAUAUCCGCCGGGAUUGAGCACGUAGGCGGGAUUAGAUGGGAAUUAGCCGGAACUUUAUUACUAGUCUGGAUCGUUUGUUACUUUUGCAUUUGGAAAGGGGUUAAAUGGACCGGAAAAGUUGUUUAUUUCACCGCUUUGUUUCCCUAUAUUUUAUUAACGAUCCUUUUAAUAAGAGGAGUUACUUUACCGGGAGCUAUGGAGGGAAUUAAAUUUUACGUAAUGCCUAAUGUAGCAAAAUUAAGAGAAUCGGAAGUUUGGAUUGAUGCCGUUACACAAAUUUUCUUUUCAUACGGUUUAGGAUUGGGAACUUUAGUUGCUUUGGGGAGUUAUAAUAAGUUUACUAAUAAUGUUUAUAAAGAUGCUUUAAUUGUAUGUACAGUAAAUUCAAGUACAAGUAUGUUUGCUGGUUUCGUAAUAUUUUCAGUGGUAGGUUUUAUGGCUCACGAACAACAAAAACCUGUAGCUGAAGUAGCUGCAUCUGGUCCGGGGUUAGCUUUCCUGGCGUAUCCUUCCGCUGUUCUUCAACUUCCGGGAUCCCCUUUAUGGUCAUGCCUUUUCUUCUUUAUGAUCCUCUUAAUCGGGCUUGAUUCCCAAUUUUGCACGAUGGAAGGAUUCGUGACGGCAAUCAUAGACGAGUGGCCACAUCUUCUUCGGCGCAAAAAAGAGAUUUUUAUCGCCAUAGUUUGCGCGAUUUCUUAUCUUGUGGGGUUAUCGUGUAUAUCAGAAGGUGGAAUGUACGUUUUUCAAAUUUUGGAUUCAUACGCUGUCAGUGGUUUUUGUUUACUUUUCCUAAUUUUCUUUGAAUGUAUCGCUAUUUCUUGGGCUUUCGGUGUUGAUCGAUUUUACGAUGGCAUUAAGGAUAUGAUUGGAUAUUAUCCAAUGAAGUGGUGGAAAAUUUGUUGGACUAUCACAACUCCUUGUAUUUGUAUUGGUGUUUUUAUAUUUAAUUUGAUUCAAUGGACGCCGGUUAAAUAUUUAAAUUAUGAAUUUCCAUUGUGGGCACAUCUUUUCGGGUGGUUUACGGCGUUGACAUCGAUGCUUUGUAUUCCUGGAUACAUGAUUUAUGUUUGGGUAAAAACACCGGGGGAUCGAAGAACCAAAAUAAGACUUCUUGUGCGUAUAGAUAACGAUAUUAAAACACUGAGAGCGAAGAUGCACGCAACGAGUAUGUCAACGCAAGUUUAAUACUGAAAGAACCUUAAAGAUCGCAACUUACAGUGUUCAUAUAACUUUCUUUGGGAAUACACACCAAAUCAAAUCAGAUAACGAGUUUUAAACGAGUUUUAGAUGAUAAGCCGAUCGUAAUUUUUUUUCUUAUUUAUAUACGUUGUAUAAUUCGUCAUUAUUAUUAUUAUUACCUUCUUCAUAUUAUUUUUUUGUUUCGUUUUGUUGCUAGUUUCUACUGUAACCGAUCGUGUAGUAAUUUUUUGUUCAUCUUUACGCAACAGUAUUCACGGGAUCGUUUUAUUUAUGUUUUAAAUGUAUAAAGUGUAUCGUAGAUGCAAUAGAAUUUAUCGCAUAUCAAGUUAUUUAAACAUGCUCUAACGAUUAUUAUAACAGUUGAGUAUAAAUAAUAAAAACAUUGAGUACUA